AUGCGAGAGGCGCCAUAUGUGCCAUGGUAUCUUCAAGUCGAACCACCCAUCGCACAGCAAGAAGGCAAUCCUCUCGACCGACAAAAGAUACCAGACAUACCCGACCACUCACCCGAACUCCUCGAUCCAUUGCUUCAACGAGUGUCCGUCGAACUAGGAAUGGAUGAUUUGGCGCUAUUGGAUUUACGAGAACUCGAUCCGCCACCUGCCUUGGGAGCGAACUUGUUCAUGAUUGUGGGGACAGCGCGAUCAGAGAAACAUCUCCACGUCUCAGCAGACAAACUUUGUCGAUGGCUGAGGUCAGAGUACUAUUUGACACCGACCGCAGAUGGCCUGCUGGGCCGCCAAGAGCUGAAAGUGAAAAUGAGGAGAAGAGCAAAGAAGUCGAAACUGCUGUCUGCUGUCGGCGCUAAGUCUACUGCGAGUACAGAAUUGGAUGAUGGUAUUCGGACAGGUUGGGUGUGCGUUAAUGUAGGAAGAGUGGAAGGUGGAGAGCUGCCGAAGAGCGAAGGUGAUGUCGAAGCCGAGGAGGAGGAAAUUAUUGGGUUUGGAACCAGGGCAAGUGGAAGUCAUAUCGUGGUUCAGCUGAUGACUGAGGAGAAGAGGGCGGAAAUUGACCUGGAGAAGCUGUGGAGUGAUCUCCUUUGGCGCAGCAAGAAAACGAAAGAGGUACAGCUGAAGAUGGCAGAGGAGGAGCAAGCGGCGGAAAUGGCAUCAUCAGACUUUGAGAAGUCGGAUUCGACAGUGACGAUUGAUCCAUCUAUCGACACAAGCUCGACCAGUCAAGCUCAGGUACAAAUAUGA